GCCCCGCCUCUCCAUCCAGAGAGGGCGGGGACCUGGUGGCGGCCGCAGCCGCAGGAAUAUGCUGGAAGCCGGCUGGCGGGCGCCGGGGAGGUGCUGAACGGACAGUUCCCGCCGCUUUAUUUGCCCGGCGGCGGGUAGGAGGGUGGGGCGGCCUUAGAGUCCGCUGGGCACGUGAGCGAUGGAGACCAUCUGGAUCUACCAGUUCCGCCUCAUCGUCAUCGGGGACUCCACCGUGGGAAAGUCGUGCCUCCUGCACCGCUUCACUCAGGGCCGCUUUCCUGGGCUACGCUCCCCAGCCUGCGACCCCACCGUCGGCGUGGACUUCUUCUCCCGCCUGCUGGAGAUCGAGCCCGGCAAGAGGAUAAAGCUGCAGCUCUGGGACACGGCGGGACAGGAACGGUUCAGAUCAAUAACUCGAUCUUAUUACCGCAACUCGGUUGGUGGAUUUUUAGUAUUUGACAUUACUAACCGACGGUCUUUUGAACACGUGAAAGAUUGGCUGGAAGAAGCAAAAAUGCACGUACAGCCAUUUCAGAUUGUAUUUCUGCUAGUGGGACAUAAAUGUGAUUUAGCUUCACGACGUCAAGUUACAAGGGAAGAAGCUGAAAAACUGUCAGCAGACUGUGGUAUGAAGUAUAUAGAAACCUCAGCAAAAGAUGCUACGAAUGUUGAGGAAUCCUUCACUAUCUUGACAAGAGACAUAUAUGAACUUAUUAAAAGGGGAGAGAUUUGUAUUCAGGAUGGCUGGGAAGGGGUUAAAAGUGGUUUCGUUCCAAAUACUGUGCAUUCUUCUGAGGAAGCAGUAAAGCCCAGGAAAGAGUGCUUCUGCUGACUUCAAACAUGCCAAAGAAUUAAGGACAGAUGGGUGUCAUUUCAGAAUAAAUACCAACAUUAACAACAGAAUGAUAUGAUGAAAGCAUUUUAAAAAGUUAUAAACCCAUGCUAACGCUGUUUUAUAAGGUAUUUAAUUCAGAGCAAUAUGCUAACUUGUUAAACUACCAGAUUGGUAUUUUGCUAAAUUAUCAAGCAAAGCAGACAACAUUUUCUGGAAACUGGAGUGUCUACAUAAUUGCCUUCAUUCUCAUUUUGUUAGCAUAUAACUGACCAUAAUAUCCAAAUAUGUCAAUAUUACUCGUCUUUCUUGAUAGUUUGAAAUGGAUGUUUUAUGCACACAUAUAAUCUAUUGAAAAGAUUUUAUCAGGAAUUACAUUCUCUAACAUUAAUUAAUAUUAAAUAGUAAAGUGGAUUUAAAAGUGCACUGUUCAUUUACAAAGUAAACAAUCUCAGAGUUAUUAACUAGGCCUAACGUAACAAUUUCUUGCUUAAGGUGGCAGGUUUGUAACCAUUCUCUGAAAUAUUCUCCCUUAAUUUUGCCUGAACAUGAAAAGAUAAGUUUUAUAUUAAUUUUUGUUCUCUGAUUUAUUGCUCCUGAAAAUUUUAUGUUUUAUAGAGACAUCUAAGGAUCUCAGCAAAAUAUUUUAUUAUAAAUAUUUGUAAAAAUCAAAAUGAAGGAUCACUAUCAGAAAAUGUUUGUUUUUAUAGUAUACUGUCCUUAAUAAGAUAAGAAAAAUGAAUUUGUAUACUGAUGACAUUUUCAAAGAAAAUAAAUCCAGUCUACCUUGAGCUAUUGUCAAAAUUAUCCAUAUAGGUAAGUGUAGAAUAUUUUUAAUAAUUGCUUUUUAUGUUCAAGUGAAUUUCCAAAUUUCCCCAUUUUCAAUACAAGGAAAGUAUAAAAAAUACUUUUCUGGGUAAGAAAAAUUGGCUAGAUGUUUGAAAUAGCAUUCAAAUUUUAUUUUAAAAUAUCAUCAGUAAAAGUAAAAAUAAAAUAAUGAGUUACGGCUAUAAGAUACUGUUUGAGUUUCCUAAUUUUUAACUUGUUAAUUAAAUUCCCCUCCUGGAAGGGACAUUUUUAUGACAAUGUCAAAUAUUUUAUAAUAUACAUUUCUAUUCUGUUCUGUAAACCAUUCUUGAUCGCAAAGAAACUGGUUUUUGGAAUCAUAAAGUCUUUACUGUUUAACUAUAGUUGCUUCAUUUGUUUGAAAACCAAAUUUGUAUAGUAGAAAGAAUACUUAAUGAGAAAUCAGAAAACCUGGUUCUAAGCUUGCCUUUGCUUUCCAGUAUUCAUACAUGAGUAAGUAACUUAACUUCUGUUAGUUUUCUCAUCUAUAAAACAAAGCUAAUGGCCUCAUUAAUUGUAUUUCAUGGAAUUAUUUUGGGAAUCCAGUGAAUCAUGUAGAAAAGCUUUGUAAGUGCAGAAAGAAUUAUACAAAUGUGAGAUCAAUACCAACUGCUAAUGGGCAUACUAUUAUAUUUACAAUGGAUGAGAAUUUUUCCCAUGUUCUUUUCCUUCCCUCCCACACAGAAGGAGCAAAGAAGGUAUAUGCUUUCAUGGACCUGGCGCAGUUCUUGGUUUGAUGUAUUUCUGUAGACUGUUACCCUGAAACUCCGCUCCUCUAAAGUGGAAAUGAUAGGCAAGAAAAUCCCACAAGACUUAAUUCUAUCAAAAGUCAUGUUUGAAUGUGGUUUUUGUGCCUCUUGGAAUGUUUAAAUACUAGUACCUUUCUAGGUUAAUGUAAGUAUUUUUAUAGUGCCUGUAGAGACUAUAAAUUAUAUCAUCGCUAUAAUUUUUUGA